UGCCAUCAUCGUAGUACGUACCUUAUGGUACGUAGGUUAAGAUACGAGUAUUCGUACGACCAUGUUGACACCGUACGGUACGUACCGUACGCCAUGCACUGAGGAAUGACGAAAUCUGCAUUUCUCUGAAUUUUUCUCUCAUCGAUCAACAACGAUCAGGAAGACCUGAGAAGUCUUUCUACCCCAGCAACUCAGAAAGUCUUGAUCUACGAAACGCGCCACAGCGUUGAUUUCUUCGAACACGGUUUGUGAAACCAUUUUUGUUUUCAAGCACACCAUGGUCGAAAUUACCGAUAUUCCAUUCGUGAAGCCGCUGGCAGAAUGGAUCUGGGGAGAAGAGGGUUCGUCCUCUUGUCUCUCGCAAGUCCCGUUCCUUAGCGGCCCCUGUUUGUCCCAGCUGUUGACUAAGGCCCUGGGGGUUUUGAUCAUCCUGGCGUCGAUGCUGAACAAGAUUCCGAUCAUGGUUAACAUGCUGAAGGCGCAAUCUGCGGCCGGGAUUUCCCGCAAUUCGUUGUACGGUGAGGCAAUAGUCUACGCAAACUGCGCCUUGUACGGAUUCUUAUCGGGGCAUCCGUUUACUGCUUAGUGAGUUCAAUUUGAUCCAUUGCAUUUACCUCGGUUCUCGCCGAUUGUUCCUCAGUUUUGCAAUUCAAGUACCGCUGAAAUAGAGGAAUAUACACGAAUCACAAGCAACGCUUUUCGAUGUUGCUUUGAGUUCGCAAAAACAUGACACUAAGGCCAGGCAAGUUAUAACUAACUAUGUUUUUGGUAUUGUUUUUUGCUAUCACUUUUUCGUGGAAUGCUCGAAUUUUUUGGGCAAUUUGGAACGGACUUUGCGUUUCUCCUGUGAAUUAGCGGGGAAAACGCCUCGCUGUUGCUUCAAAAUUCGGUCUUGAUUGUCCUCGCGUGGAAUUUUUUGAGCAAGACCAACACCCCAGUCGGAUCAGACGAGAAGAUCAUGGCAAUCCUGUUCUUUGCUCUUUAUGUCGCUGCGGUCUUGAAUUUUCUGCCCGAAGACUAUUGGUACAUGUUGAUGAGCACGACGUGGCCAGUAAUGCUCUACGCCCGUGGCUCGCAGGUGUACGAAACAUUUUGCGUGAAGCAAACUGGAAACCUCUCGAUUGUUACGACCACAAUGAACCUAGUCGGGGCCGUUAUUCGAAUAUUGACGACCAUCAACGAGACUGGUGACGUCGUGGUCAUGUCCGGAUAUCUUUUGUCGGGAUCUCUUAGUCUGAUGAUGUUUGUUCAGCAUUGGAUGUAUCUGAAAAAUACGAGAGAGAUUGCCAAGAAGGCGGAGGAAGCAAAGAAGAAGACAGACUAGCAGAACAAAGGCUAAUGAUCACAAUCACAUUAUGCUCGAGAGCAGCGCGUCUGUUUCACUUCUGAAAUUUACUACUAGUAGUAGUUGCUAUUCGUUCAUCAGAACGAAUUACUUCAAUCUGAAGGAGGUUAUUCACGAGCUACUCGUGAUCCAGAAAAUAGUACCUUACCUACAAGUACCAAAUCCGUACGGUUCGUAUUUACUACUUCGUACUACGAAAUAGGAACAGGAGUAGACUGAAGCUAUCAUGCAGCGUAGACCUACGUUGUGAGCCUAAAUCACGAGUGGAUAGUGAAUAAGCUCACUCUUUAUUGUAAACACGUAAAUACAGAACUAAAGAGCAC